AUGGAUUUCUGGUCGCGCCUAUUGAGCCCUCUCUCGUCUGGGGGCUCCCGCAAGGACCUUGGACAGGAUCCUGCGAAACGACUGCACCGAUUUGAAAAACAAUACAGCCGCUUAUUAUCCGCCUGGAGAGCGUCGUCCAAUUUGUCUCGAGAUAGCGACGCUGCCGAAACCCUAGAAAUCCGCCUCCAAGAACUCACCAAUAUUCUCAGCGACGAGAGCCGACGGCCGUUACCGCAUCCAUGUAUCCAGUACUGCUCGAUCAAGCAAAUCUACGUUCCUAUUGGCAAGAUCGCCACGACCUCGUAUAACGAAUGGAUCAUUAAGGAGGCCGUCCUUUUCUUUGCGACUCUGAUCGAAAGCGAAGAGGAAGCUUUUGUCGAGAACCAGACCUUCUCCGCCAGUCUGACAAACCUCCUCGUGCGAAUCACCGGUCUAAACAGUGUGCGACUGGGCCUUGAUACCGAGUCGCGCGUCGUCGAACUUGCCUUCAAUAUCACCACCAAGAUUCGCCUGGACCCUAGUAUUCUUCCAGCAUGGUUCAAGACGCAUCGCGGCGUAGCGCUCCAGAACAGGGAGAAGGACGACAACAAUCGCGAUACUUUUGUUGGGCGAACACAAAAGGCCGACUUUCCUCUCUUCUAUAUCCUCAUGGACUACAUUCACCAUGAGGGAAAAGUCGGCGAUUUUGCGCGAACAGGAUUACUCUACAUCAUCGAAGCAGCGUCGAGUUCGGGACCUUUGGAACAAUGGAUUGUCGAAAGCGACCUGUCAACAUUGAUGGCGACAGGACUUGGCGCCUUGUACAGCCAACUGAGCCGCAAACUAGUCGUUGACCAUCUUCCUCACAACCUACCCCCUAUUCUCGCCUUUUCCGAUUACGAACACCCUACAUCCAACUACGAGGUGAUUAGCUCAUGCUCCCCCGAGUUUCAAUCUCACCUUGAAGUUUUCCUAUCACACCUGUUGUUCUGGCAAGACGUUCUGAACCACUGCCGGUCGGUUGAGGUCAAGUCGACUCUGCUGGAGCAUUUUCAAGUCAUUUUCUUACAACAGUUAUUAUACCCCUCGCUGCUUGAGUCCUCUGAUAUCGACGGAGGUUCAUCAGUCGCUGUUUUAACUUAUCUUCGCCGUAUCCUAGAAUCUCUCGACCACCCUGACAUGAUCAAUCUUAUUCUCCACUACCUUCUAGCAUUGCCUGAUAAUAUUGCCUCCGCUCGACCUGGAUCCAGCUCGUCUGUCAGUAAGGCUCGCAAGCGAAAGUCGAUGGAUCUAGCCACCAUGUUGGCGGAAAGGGCAGAACCCGCUGCGACUCCUCUACUCUUCAACCUGGUCGAUCUCAUUCUUGCGUGUCUGAGAUCACGGAACCAACAGACUAUUCAUGUUACGUUACAAUUGGUGUCAGCCAUUCUCAAGCGACAUCACCGAUAUGCUAUUAUCACUCUUCUGAGAACCGAUCAUGUACCAGUGCAAAAUGCUACGAGAACUGUCGGUGCUCAAGAGCAAGAAGUUGAGUUCUUCAUGUCGUUGGCGGGGACAAUAGGCGGCGAAGAUGAUUUUGAUGAAGUAUAUCAGCUCGUCCUUCGAGAUACUAUGACUAAACUUGAGGCCCAUCCUUGCUCGCUGAAGCUUGUGGCACCGAGGGCAUCUACGAAUAACCAACGGUUGCCCGACAGUCUCCCUGGCGCACCUAAGGAUGUUGGAGACCAUACUCUUCGGCCGGACGAUCCUCUCCUCAACUCGCUGUUGGACCUUCUGGAAACAUUCUUUGUUAAUCAAGUAGAGACAAAUCUCUCAGUGACAGAGACUCUUGUUGACUUGGCUAUCUGUGGUUUUAUGAAGAUCGAAGGAUGGUUGACACGCAAUCCAAGCUCCUAUAUAUAUGAAGAGGCCGAUAAAAAACAUACGCCUGAAGGUCAGGAAGCCGCAGAGAGCGAUGAUGAUGAGGACUUCGAAGACCUGCCGUCUCCAACUGCCGAGCAAAAACAACUCUUAGCUAUGGAACAAUGUCGCCAACGCCCGCAAUGGUCUGAAGCUUCAUUACCACGUGUUUAUGGUGUCCUCAGACGAUUGGAGGAGCAAGUAGCUUCUUACAAAAGGACCAUUCCUCGCUUUGACGAGCUCGUGCAACAACGGCGCGACGCUUUCAGGACUGCGGAUGCAAUGUUACACCACGCGGGUCCUACACCAAGGCCGACCCCCAUAAGUGAAGACCCCCCUGAUCGGCGCAGCUUUGAAGAGAUAUCACGCAACACGUCGCCUUCCCGUCCAUCGACGUUGGAAGGCCUAGCGCACCGUCUCCUAUCUGAAUUGGGAACCCCAAGCCGCUCCAAUAGUCCGCGAGGACGUAAGGAACCUGGCCGCCCUCCUGGAAGCGGAAAUGCGACACCCGGAAAAUCCGGUCUAAGCUCUUCAAAGGAGGCGUCUCAUAGUAGGGGACGAGGCACUUCGGGACGAAGCCAUUCUCCGGGUAGGGUUCAAGAUACUAUCGACUCAGUACAAAAAGCAAGGGAGGAGGUGCUUGCUCGACAGAUGGCAGAGUUUGCAGCUAUGGACCAAACUAUCCUCUCUAAGAAGGUGGGAUUGCCGGAAGUCAAGGUUGAGCCUAUUCCUGUCACAUCCGACCAGAAGACAAUUCCCAAACCAGCCGAAACCACAAAAGGAGAGGAGCACACUAAGGUGCCCACCAAGGAAAUAUCCACGGGGGAAAUAUCCGCUGAGCACGAUGCCAAGAAGGGUGAGCCUGAGGGCUCUGCAACUGAACAAGAUGAGCAACCCCCCGCCGAGGGCAAGCUGGAUGAGGAGGCAAAGUCCGAAGCUGAUGCGACUGAGGCUGAAGUCUCUGGAACCGAGCCAGUCGAGACUACACCUGUAUCGACUGAGCCAGCUGAACCAAGCGAGUCAAAAAUCGAGGACGUCGAGACCACCGAGGCCAUCGAAGCUGCUGGGACCGAAGAAAGUGAACCUGCCAAGGAGCCAGAAUCCCAAGAGCCUGAGGCCAAAGAAAUCGAAACCAAGAAAUCUGAGGCGAAGGAGCCGGAUGCAGAGGGCCCUACAGAAGAUUCUGAACCUGCAAAGGUUGAGGCGCAAGAACCUGAGAUGAAGGACACUGAGAUCGAAGAACCCGAAGUCAAAGAACCUGAGACCAAGGAUACUGAGAUUGAAGAAACUGAGAUUGAAGACCGUGAAGUCGAAGAACCCCGUCCUGAGACUCCGCGACCGAGAGCUCGAUCUGAAAUUCCAGAACCAGAAACUCCUCAGCCUAGAGAGCAGAGAGAGAACACAACAACUGCGUCAGUCUCUCACGUUGUUACAAACGUCAUCAUUCUACAGUCCUUCCUCUUUGAGCUUGCUGCCCUCGUACAGGUCAGAGCAGGUCUAUUCGACGAGGUGCGAUUUGUGUAA